CUUUAAAACCAGGAAGGAGUCUUAUGGAUUGGAUUCGACUAACUAAAAGUGGGAAGGACUUGGCUGGUUUAAAAGGGAAGCUAAUUGAAGUGACCGAAGAUGAGCUUGCUAAGCACAACAAAAAGGAGGACUGCUGGAUAUGUAUAAGAGGAUUUGUAUAUAAUGUCACACCAUACAUGGAAUAUCAUCCCGGUGGUGAGGAUGAACUAAUGAAAGCAGCAGGAACUGAUGGUACAGAUCUCUUUGAUCAGGUUCAUCGUUGGGUCAAUUAUGAAUCCAUGCUGAAGGACUGUCUUGUUGGGAGAAUGGCUGUUAAGCCUAUUGCUGCUCCAAAAGAGAUUUCUUCUACUCUAUCUGAAGAGAAGAAACAGCUUAAUGGUAUGCUUCCUGAGAAGAAAGUACUGGGUGCUUCUGCCAAAGAUUUAACUCCAAGUUAUGACUGGUUCCAAACGGAUAGUUUGAUCACCAUUGUCAUAUAUACUAAGCAGAAGGAUAUGAAUGCAGAGUUGGUGAUAGUUGACUGUCAAGACAAACGAUUAAGGGGAGAGAUCAUAGUGGAUGACCACUCAUAUCUUGUAGAAGUUGACUUGGAUCAUGCAGUUCAAGAAGACUUGGCUGUGAAUAUUGCUGAAAAAGUUGGGAAAGUAGAGAUUAUCUUAAAGAAAAAGGAUAACAUUCAUUGGAAAAUGCUGGGACAGCCUUUGGAGCAUCAUAAUACAUUUAUCAAAUGCAAGGACAGAGGAUUGUUCUAUAGGAAAUGCAAGUUGGUUUCUAAGAUGGAAGUUACCCACGACACCAAGCUCUUCUGCUUAAUGUUGCCUAAGAGCACACAUCUCCGUGUUCCCACUGGACAACAUGUUUACCUCAAACAAAUCAUUGCAGGGACAGAGGUAGUAAAACCAUACACACCUGUAUUGCCUUUUUUGCCAUUGGAUUUCAAAGAACCAUCUCACUAUGAUGGUGCACAUAUAUAUUUAAUGAUUAAAAUUUAUUCCUGUGGACUGUUCACACAGGCACUUGACCACCUACAAAUCGAAAACUAUAUUUCUGUCAGCAAUCCUGAAGGUAACUUCAAGAAGUCACAGGUUCAAACUUCAGAAGAUCUUUUUUUAUUGGCAGCAGGCACAGGCUUCACACCUAUGGUUAAACUGCUGAAUUUUGCUCUGACUGAAGUUAGUUGCCUCCGGAUAGUGAAGCUGAUCUUCUUCAACAAAACAGAUGACGACAUACUUUGGAGAAACCAACUAGAGCAAUUAGUUCUUAAAGAUGAAAGGUUUGAGGUUCAAUUCAUUCUUUCACAACCAACCAAGGACUGGGUGGGUAAGCAGGGGAAGAUUUCUUCAUCGCUUCUCUCUGAGGUUGUGAAAAGAAGCAGAAAAGACUCCAAAGUGCUCAUCUGCAUCUGUGGUCCAACACCUUUUGCAGAACAAGGAGUACAAUACCUGAAGGAUCUUGGAUACUCCCAGGAAGAGAUACACACUUUUACUGCAUAAACCCAUAUGAGGGUAUCAAUGUUUGUUUGUAUAAUUGUAUCUUAUUUAUUUACCUUCAUGAAUUUAAUUAAGUGAGAAGCAAUUUUGUAAGACUUGAAAUUUCACUCUUGGUACCAAACUGUUUCUUGGAAGAAAUAUAUCUUUGAAAAAAUUUUAUACCGUGUUUUAUCUUGGUUUUGUAAAUAUUUUUGCUAAUCCGGGGUAUUAAUUUAUUGUAGAGGCAAGCAAAAAUGUAUAGUAUAAGUUAUGUAAGAUAUUUCAUGUUGUUGGUUCAUGAGAAUUCUUAAAUUUAUGACAAGCACUGAUGUAAGUUUUGACUUGAAAAGCUUAUUAUUUCUUACUGUAAAAAGUCUUAAGAGUGAUACUGUCUGAAGUUAAAUAUUGGACUGUAACUCAGGUAACCGGUCAUUGAAAAAUGUUCUUUGUCAUCUGAAAUCUCUUCUUUGACUUGCAAGUGAUCCAGAUAUGUUUUUGGCUUUGUAAACAAAGAAUAGAAGUACCUUUGGUAAAAUAUAAAAAUUUACAUCAAAUAAUAAAAAAUAA